AUGCGCUUUUCUAGCAUAGCCAUUAUCUUUCAAAGCGCAAGCAUCUUCGCGACAGUCCUUGCUGGUAGAGUAACAAAUCAUAUACUUGACCAAUGGAAAAAUUUUGAUUGCGAAGGCCGCGAAUUUAAGGGAACUGUGCUUGAUCCACUUCGUCAACAGGCGGCAAAGCGCGUACUCGACCGUGAAGUGCCGCCAGCUGAUGAAAGUAUGAUCAUGAAUUUAAAAAGUCAGGUGGAUAAUUUAACAUAUGUCUUGUAUGUUGAUGAUUACCCUGCUUCUUAUUACUUUCAAAAGAUAGAGGGUUAUUCGACCUCAUUGCGAGGCGGUGAUUAUUUUUAUGAAACUGACUAUAUUUACGUACUUGAUGGUUAUGGUCGCGCAUGUGCUAUAAUGAUGAAGAAGUCCACGUAUCAUUACAGCGCUACCCGGUAUGAAAUUGCAAAUGCACAAGCAACUUACCAGUUGUGUACUAUAUCUACCUAA